CUUUACAACAAAAAUGUCUACUGAUAAGAUUACCUUUUACAACGCUGUUAUUUGCCCUUAUGCUCAACGUGCUGCUAUUGCAUUAAGAGAAGCCGGUGCCAAUUUCGAGACGGUUGAUAUUGAUUUGACCAAUAAGCCAGAAUGGUACAAGGACAUUAAUCCUGAAACUAAAGUUCCCGCCUUGACUACCGAGGGACAAAACAUUGCUGAAUCUUUAGUGAUUAUUGAAUACAUUAAUGAUCGUUUCCCUGAAGCAAAGUUGUUGCCCAAGGAAGCCAUCAAGCGUGCCCAUGUUCGUUUCGGUAUUGAAUAUUUUGCAUCCAAGAUUACCGCUGGAUUCAACAAGUACGCCUUUAACUAUAAAGGAGAAGGAGCUCGUGAGGCUUAUGAAGUUGAUGUGAAUGCCGCUUUAGUCCGCUUCAAUGAAAUCUUGACACAACAAUCGGCUACAGGACCCUAUUUCCUCGGUGAAGAAUUCUCGCUUGCAGAUAUCGCGGUUGCUCCCUUUGUUCUCCGAUUGUACGCUUUCAACAAGCUCAUCUUGAAGGGUUAUGAAUUUGAAGCCGUCAAGAGCCAUUCCAGACUUGCAGAAUUCAUCAAGGGAGUCACUUCCAGAGCCUCUGUUCAAGAAACCUAUGCUGGUGAUGAAAAAUUCGUUGACGUCUUGGUUCAAAGAUUUGGUGUUACCAGAGAUUAAAUAAUAAAAAAAAUACCCGCUUUUUGUUUCACACUGGA